AAAAAAAGAACUUUACUUUUUUGGGAAAAAAUAAAACGUCGGUGUGUUGGGUGAUGUCAUGAUUGAGAAUAACAAAACGCGAGAGGAUGGAAAACGGUCACGUCACUGGCCGCAAAUAGACACAUCACGGCCGACACGUAGACCGUCGCACACGACACACGAGGCCAGUUUAGACUUUUUGAAAGUGAUGGAGGUGGGCGGCCGUUUUGUUUCUUUUGCCUCCGAGUUCUAAUCUUUUUCUUUGUCAUUGGGACGACAGGCAAAAUUGUGGGUGCAGGUGAUCCGUCAGCUGCGUAACGGGGUAAAGUUGAAGUCGGCGUCGGAGAGGAAGCUGGGGCCGCUGGCUCGUCGUGUUUCUACGCCGGUCGAGUUGCCCAUGGAGUCGAUCCGGCAGCACGAUUCCAAGGAAUUGAGGCCCACUCUAUGCCUCCUGGUCAACCGAACAGAUGGGCAGCAUUUCAUACCGGAAAAAAACAUUGUACAAAUGCUACACGAAGAAGCAAUCGAUUUUUUUUAAACAGCUCAACACGCAGCGGGAACACAUUGGGCGAUCCCAACAAUUGCUUGAAAAAAACUUGGCGGCAGCACGUCGGACAGUUCAAGAGGAAGAAAUGAGACUUCGACAGAUUCAAGAAGAUCUGGCUGUGCGUGAGCAACGAUUGAAUACCAGAGAAAGAGAAUUUGCAGGAAUUCAGAGUCGUGCCGCCAUCGGCCUUGAGAACGAAGCAACUCAACUCCUUCACCAAGGACAAGACAUCCAAAAUAUUGCAAAUAUUGUGGUUGACAUGGAUGAUUAUAUUCGUGUUCCACACGUUACGCUUGGACGUGGACGAUCAGGGGAUUUAGUUUCACGGAGGAAGUGGCGCUCCUCUACACCGAGCAACAGUAGCGGUGGCAACGAUACGACCUCCAGUCUCAAAGACAAUGGCAGUAACGAAUGUGAAACGGAAUUGGCGACAGCCGAGAGCUGCGCUCUGGAUGACGACGAAGAUGAGGAGGGCGAAGUAUUGGUGACUGUUCCUAUGAAAAGCUUUGGUCUAGUCAACAAAAUACGUUCGAUGACCGCUUACAAAAGCGAAUCUGGCAGUCCAUUUGAGACAAUUCAAUUGACGGAAGCACAAUCUUAGAACGACGACGAAAAAAACGACAGAAAGAAAAUUUGAGCUUGAAAAUUUGCGAUUUUCUAUAUUUAUUUAUUCGUUCUUGUGUGUUGUUUCUGAGGCUCGCGAUUGUAUUUCUUUGUAAUUUCAAUCGACAAAAAAAUAUAUAUCAUUUCCAAUCUUCA